CACCACCGAGGUGUUUCAUCAGCUAUCCCAGCAUGUAAAAGUCGUAACAAUCGUUGUAUGUUUAAUUACAUCAUCGUACAUGGUACCCCGCUUUCGAUGCACUGUUCGCUUGCUCUUUACAAGGUACGAUAGCGACACAUGAGCACUGUCUUGAUUGUAUAGUGAUUCUAGAGUCGUCAUCGGGGCAGAUGACCUGGAGUCCGAUGCCUGAUGAUCCGGCAAUAUGGUCACGAAGAUCAUGCAGAAUGGUAUAAAUGGUCAUGAGCAGCCCGCACAAUCUAACCUUUAAUCGUUAAUCGCAUCCUUACAAUAACAGAAUGCUGUUCUCAAGUACAUCAUACCCGAUAUGGCUUUUGCCAGUAUUCGUAUCCUGUCUUGCAAUAUACAACAUUCUACGACUUGGACGAAGAGAGAAGGGAUUACCACCAGGUCCGCCUACGAUUCCAAUCCUCGGGAAUGCACAUCAGAUUCCUUCAACAGGUUUGCAUCUAAAAUUAGAAGAAUGGGGCAGGAAGUACGGCGAGAUAUACUCAUUGAAGCUCGGAUCGGCAACAUGGAUCGUAUUGAACAGUCGUCGAGCUGUCCACGAUCUUGUAGACAAGAGGGCUACGAUCUACAACGACAGAGUCCAUGACUAUAACUUACAAUUAGCUACGGAUGGCAAAAUCUUCGCCUUCGAGGAUGCCAACGCCAAGUGGCGGUCACAGAGAAAAAUUACCUCUCAGAACCUGUCCCCACGAGCAUUGGACGAAAAGAUUGCGCCCAUCCAAGAAGCUGAGAUUGGCCAAUUGUUGUAUGAGCUGUUGGAAUCACCAGAGGAGUUUUCUACUCAUGUCAGACGUGCAACAGGCUCAACCAUAAGUAUCGUUGUUUACGGUCAACGUGGACCUUCUAUGGAAAAUUUCUGGGCAAACUAUAUCUAUCGUGUCAUGGACAAGCUGAAUCCGGCAAUGGAAGCUGGGUCGUGUCCUCCUGUUGAUCAGUUUCCUAUCCUCAGGUACAUACCCGAACGCUGGGCACCUUGGAAAACUCGAUGCAAGGAAGGCCGUGAAGCCAUGUAUGGAUUGUAUCAAGAGGCUCGAGAACUCGUUGAGACGCGACGGCGCAAUGGAGAUGAGCGCAAUUCGAUUGUGGAUCGUUUAUUGUCUGGGACAAUCAAGCAGGAUGUCAAGCUUGAUUACCACGAGUUCAAUUGCUUCCUAGGCACAAUAGCUCAGGCAGGUGCCGACACGACUGCGCAUGCAACACUGACAAAUAUAUUGAUGUUGACACUGCACCCCGAGUUCCAGAGACGAGCACAACACGAGAUAGACCGAGUAUGUGGAAUGAGGAUGCCCGUGUGGAGUGAUUUCCACGACCUACGAUAUGUCAAUUGUAUUAUCAAAGAGGGACAGCGUUGGCAUUCGGUUAUUCCCAACGGAGUUGUUCGCAGAGCAAAUCGGGAGGACUGGUAUGAUGGAUUCCGUAUACCUAAAGAUUCUGCUAUUGUCUUGACUGCAUACUCGCUCCAUAGGAACUCGUACGACCAACCGAACAUCUAUAACCCAGAUCGCUUCAUAGACCACCCAAAGCUAGCAAUGGACUACGCGGGCAGUCCAGACUACAUGAAUAGAGAUAAGUCCCCCAUUCUUUCAACAUAUAGGCCUAUAGAAAUGAUGAACUGCUUGGCUAACAUUUCGUGCUCACAUCAUUAUGGGUACGGUUCGGGUCGACGGAUCUGCGCUGGAAUACAUCUUGCCGAGCGUGCUCAGUGGCGCAUGGUCGCAAAGAUUCUCUGGGCAUAUAAUAUCGAGCCUGCAAUCGAUCAGGCGACUGGCGAGCCACAAAAGCUUGAUCCACAUGCAUAUGUGCAGGGGAUGCUGCAUGGACCGUUACCUUUCAAGGUCAAUUUCGUACCCAGAAGUAAAGAGCACGAGCAGAUAGUAAAACGAGACUAUGAAGCUAGUAAAGGGUUUCUGCAAGAGUGGGAAUAGAUAUCUCAAGCGUUUUUCUGCGGUGUGGAAGGGGCUCGAUGACUGACCAUUGAUUGCACAGUAGUCAGUUUUCAAAGACUACAAUUUCUGUUGGUUUCUUCCCAACAACACAUAUCAAAUAUGUAUGUUCCUCAUCACACUCGGUAUCGUCAAGAAACAGAGUUUUACAUCUGAA